AAUUACGUUUCGUGUUGUUUCGGUCCUGGGACGACAGCGGCUUGUAGAAUGUCAGGAGAGGUACCAGCUAGCUAUUAAGUUAGCUUGUUAGCUAACUUUACCAAUUCAUACCAAUAAUCUGGCUAUUUUCCCCUCUGCGGUUGUGCAGGCAAGUGUACGUUUUCUCAUUUUUUUUCUUGAGACGGAGAAACUGAUACCAUGGCCACAGCACAAUCAACAGUGAUGUUUGCAGUGUGCAUCUUAAUGAUAACAGAGCUUAUCCUGGCCAGAAAAGACUACUAUGACAUCCUUGGUGUAUCCAAAGACGCCACUGAACGUCAGAUAAAGAAGGCAUUUCACAAGUUGGCUAUGAAGCUCCACCCUGACAAGAACAAAAGCCCUGACGCUGAAGCAAAGUUCAGGGAAAUUGCUGAGGCCUAUGAAACACUUUCUGAUGAGAAGAGGAGACAAGAGUAUGACCAGAUGGGACAUAGUCCUUUCUUCAAUGAAGCUACUGGAGGAGGGGGGCGUGGGGACGGAGGAGGAGGAGGACAGCACUUCCAUCACACUUUUGACUUUGAAGACACGUUCCGAGACUUUGACCGGAAUGCCCAGAACCGGCAUGCCCAGCACAGGCGACACUUUGAGGACCACCUGCGGGCCCAUCAGCAGGCCCACCAGCAGGCUCACCAGCAGGCACACCAGCAGGCACAGGGACGCCACAAGCGGCACUUUCAGGGCGGUUUCGGGGCUGGCCUCUUCGAUGACAUGUUCGACGACAUGGAGAAGAUGUUCACCUUCGACAGACAGUCCAAGCAAACUGAGAGUCAGUUCCAGGGCACAACCAAACAACAGUGCAGGACAGUAACGCAGCGCAGAGGGAACAUGGUGACCACUUACACAGACUGCAGUGGGUCCUGAUGGAAUUGAGGAGAGCGCCUGCUUGUCUGGAGUUAAACUCUUUGGGGAGAAGGUCUUUGGAGUUCUAAGUUAUUAGGUUUGCUGCUGUGAAAUGAGAGUGAAGUUAAUAGUACUUUGUAGUACAAGUAUAAGCUGCCUAACAAGGUUAGAGGAUAGUUUGGUUUUGGUGCAUUUAAUGUUAGUCAUAUCUUUAUAAGCAACUUGGCCAGACAGAUAUUAUAGGAAUCUGCAAGUUCUUUUGAACCUUUAUACAGGGGUCUGCACAUACAGUCAGAGAAAAUAUGUUUUGUUUACAAUGUGUCUUAAAAUGGUAGGGACAGUAUGAGACGACACCCCUGUUUGUCACGAGUCACCUGAUUGUCAAGUAAGAGAAGGUUAUAGUUCCCAGACUUUAAUACACUUCAUAUGUGGUCUGGGUAAACCAAUGACAACCUAGCCAACCUCAAAUUUUACCCAACCUAGCUGAAUUUUACAACAGUAUCGUUCCUUCUGUAGUUUGGAAGGAAUGAUUUGAAUAUAGGAAUAUAGAAAGACCAAAACGUUACCUUCAUUUACAUGGUGUUUUGAAAUGAAUGUCUUGCCAGCUAUUUAUACAGUUUCAAGCUUUCAAUUGAACUGACUUUUUAUAUAAUACACUGACAGAAGUUUGAUUUGAUUUUGGUUGAGAAUGACAUCCACAUAUUUUAAGAGGUGGAGCAGUCCUUUUAUGUUCUACUGUUUUUGUUUCAUUUUUGAACACCAGCAAGCUUCAUGCCUUCUUGCCUGGCACUGAUUACAUCUCCGGGAGUAUUUAGUUCAAUUAGAAUUUCUGAUUUUACUUUGAAUGACCCAACACCUUUGUACUGAAUUGCUGCUCUGGUUUGUACGGAGCCCCUAUGGGAAUAUAGGCAAGAAAAAAGUCUUUAAAGUUUCCCGUUCUCACAGGAAAGUAUUGAGUGCGCGCGUGAUAUCUGGUGCACCCAUGUCCCUUGGGGCUCUGUAGGUUUGCUCUGAAUUCUGCUCUGAAGUUUAUGUUUCAUUGGUCAUGCAUGUAUCGCGGCAUGGGGGCGGCAGUGGUACAGGAGGUAGAGAAGUCGUUUAGUAAUCAGAAGGUUGCUAGUUCGAUUCCCUGUCGAAGCGUCCUUGAGCAAGACACUGAACCCCUAAUUGCUCCUGAUGUGCAGUGUGCCAUCAGUGUAAAUGUACAAUGUGUAUACAUCCUUGUAAGUCGCUUUGGAUAAAAGCGUCUGCUAAAUGACUAAAUGUAAAUGUAAAUCAUGUGUUAGAGAGGUGCCUUUUUUCUGCAACAUGAACUUAUUAGUUACACAGUUGAAGCUACUCCUCAAAAGUCUGUUGUACAUUGAUAAUGUAAGCACUUAAAGGGGCUGGAUGAAAGCCUGACUAGCUGCCUUUUGGAGUAGUGUAUUACUAGGGGUGUAUUUGUACACCCCUACCUCCUCUCCCUUUGCAGAAGUAAACUAAACAUUGGGGACUGAAGGCUACAUGUAACAUGGAAACAUUUAUAUGAUAGAUCAAGGCUACCAUUGGUUUCUUCAUCAACAUCCAUUGACAUUUAUGUUAUAUUAAAUUGAGCAAAAAGUGGAUUAUUUCAUUUCUCCAAGAAUUAGAUAAGAUUUUAGCAAUUUAAAAACACCAUUCCUGACAGGUUAUUAUAGCUUUCCAUUUUCAAAUUCAUUUUUGUUUUGAUAAUAUGUUUGUAUUCAAUCUGAAUUUCCAUUUAGUUUUAAUUCACCAGAGGUUUCAUUAGUUUCAGUUUCGUUUUUAUUUCAUGGACUCGCUUUUGUUGUUUUAUUAUAGUUUCAAUUUUAGUUUUAGAAAGAGUUGUCAAGAAAUAGUGCGGCAUGAAGAAUAAUCUAUUGAAGAUAUCAACAUUUCAAGACUAAAUUUACCUAAAAUUUGUAGUAGGCUACAUUUGUUUCGCACUGAAAGCCUGUUGCGAUUAGGUUUUGCGAAAGUUUGUUUAUAUUUCUGCUCAACAGCCAAUCAAAUGACACUCCUCCCUUCUGUGCACCUGAAGCACCUUGUUAAUUAGCUAGGAUUGUUUACAGCUCGGUCCAAGCCACUAUGUUUGUUUCCAGUUGACAGUGCCAAGACUGUACUAACACUAGUGUUUUUUAGAUCACAAACACUGAAUAGACAGCUAAAGGACCAAAAGUCUAUGGGAUUAGAAUUGCGGACUGCAUCUUUAAUACACAUAAAAGGCAAGAGCACGAUUAAAUAUUUCAACCAUGUAUUUCAGGCAAACAAUAUGACAUGGGUUUUCACGGUCAACCCUACCAGUAGCCUAUAGUUACAGGUAACUUACAGGUUGCUGAAAAAGUGUCACUCAUGCCCUGUCUCGUUAUAUUUUUAAGACUUGGGGAAUUUUUCCCCUUUUAUUCCUAUGCCACAGAUUCUGUCACCUGAAUUUACCAUGCAUCCGCUUGUACUGCUUUCACUAUUCAAGUCAAAAUAGUCCCCUACAGGACUUGCAGGUUUCCUCUUUGACGUAUCUGACUUGACACUUGAUAACUACUACUACUACUUUUUUUUUUUUUUUACUAGUUCAUUUUGGAAUGUUUUAAACAAAUAUUCUUAUAGCACCGUUGGGAUAUAAUGCAGUGUGGCAGCCCUUUUUGUGAAGCAGCUGCAUAACUACUCUUUGAUUCUUUAUAUUUUACUUUUUACCUUUCCUGUUUUGUGAAAUUUGUAUAUUUUCUUUCUUUCUUAAAAUAACCCACUCUGAACCAUAUUAAUAAUCAGCGCUUUCAAAUUUAAUAUGUAUCUUGGCAUAUCCCCAUAGGUUGAUUUGUAUUCUUGUUCUUGGUUUAGUGCACAUCACAUUGUGUAUGUAAACAAAAUGUACCAAAAACACAAGUUAAUGCAGAUAACCAGAAUGUAACCCACCCACUGUAUACACAUUGUACCUUAUCCAUGUUUCAGUUAGUAAGGACCACAAUAUUGACCACAUGUGAAUAUGAUGCAUACUGUGUUCCUUGACAUAUCACCUGUUACCUCAUUUUUUGUGUUAUUUGUGGAAGUGCAAUAUUGAAGUGCCAGCUCCCCCAUUCCUCCUGUUGAUACAGUACCACUGUUACUUGCUGGCCUUGUCUUUUUGAUGAGUUCAAGCACUUUCAGUAUAUUAAUCCUGUGGAUGACAUGUUUGUUAAGCAGAUUGGAGCCUAUGUAUAUUGGAAGAGAAAUAAAAGCCCUGUAUUCCAUUGA